AUGGGCUCCCCGGGGCGGCUGGGCUUGGCGAGGCUGCGUGGAGGCGUCUCCCAAACCAUCCCGGGCCUGUUUCGCAACCCCCCCGGCAUCCCUGAGUCACCGUCGAGGGGUCCCCCUCUGUCCUGCCCCUCCCUCCUUUCCCAAAACCGGUGGCAAAGAGGGAGUUUUGACAGGAAUCUCCUUCCAGAGGAGAGGUUUUCCCCUCGUGACCUCAUCAGGAAAGUCAGGGAGAGGAAGGAGGAGCUGGGGCUGAUCAUCGACCUCACCUACACCAGGCGCUACUAUGGGCCAGAGGAGCUCCCAGCCACACUCUGCUACUCGAAGAUCCUGACCAUGGGCCACGAAAUCCCAAACAAACAGACCAUUUUCCAGUUCAAAUGUGUGGUAAAGAAGUUUCUGAAUGACAACAAAGACAAUGACAAACUCAUCGGGGUUCACUGCACCCAUGGCUUGAACAGGACUGGAUACCUGGUGUGCAGGUGAGUUGUAGCUCAGACCUGUCCCUCUCCAGUGUUCAACAAAUCCCGAGGGCAUCCCAUAGAGAGAACCAACUACAUCCAGGAUCUCAGGAACAGAGCUGGGAAAAAGAAGUGUGGACUGAAGAGUUUGGGCUCAGGCCCCUUCAGAGAAAAAAGCAGUGCCCCAGCAAACCCCAGAAAGCAGAUGGUCAAAGCCCCCCCUCCUCGCUCGGCCCAGCCCCCCCUGGCAGUGCCCAGGAAUGCUGGCAGUGCCAAGAGGAAGCACCAGCCCAGCCCCACGGCCCUGGCACAGCCCCUGGAUUUGGGACACGGGCAGGAGGCCCCAGAGCAGAGGAGGAUGUGCAGCCUGGCCCCCAGGAACUGUUGGGUGUCACCCAAGGGACUCUCUUUCCCCCACCCCCAGAAUUCCCAGAACUCCCAGGAGGCCACACCCGCCAGGAAGCGCCGGCACCGGCGCAGGAAACACGUGGGGACGGAGCGGGGAAUGUCCUGACAGCGCCCAGGGAAUGCUG